AUGGAAGCAGCGAGAAGGUACGCAUCGCUGGGGUACCGUGUGCUCGGGCGGAGGGUGCCAGCCCGAGAGCGAGUCAUCGGACGGGGCAGCGGGUCCGGAGCGGAGACGGGUGAUGACGAGGAAGAGCCCGCCUCCUCCGAGGCCGUGGGCGAGGCCGCCGCGGGCGAGGCCGCCGGCGAGGCGACGGGUGAGGCCGCCGCGGGCGAGGCGGCGGGCGAGGCCGACGGCGUGGUCGGGGACGUCAAGGGCAUCACGGGCGCCGAGGAAGGUGCAGCCCUCAGGGCAGCCAACCGGGGAGAAACUCGACCCGUGGCGCGGGGGGCACCCUCAAAGCCAGGAGGCGGCCCAAGAGAAGCACGUGGGCGGCCGUCACCGGGAGCGGGCAAAGCCGUAACAUCCGAAGGUACCUGCUGA